GUCGGAUCAAAGAUCUUUACAUGGGACUAUAAAGUUUAAUUACAUUACAUAGCUUGCCCAUUAUUAAUUGCCUCAAAAUCAAUUAGGGUUUUGCAAUUCCCCUCUUUUCAGUCCACAGAAGAUCAAUCAAGUUUUCAAGGUUGGAGAUAAUGUCUCGGGUUUAUGUUGGAAAUCUUGACCCACGAGUAUCAGAGAGAGAACUUGAAGAUGAGUUCCGUGUCUAUGGCGUUUUGAGAAGCGUGUGGGUUGCUCGGAGACCACCUGGUUAUGCUUUUGUUGAGUUUGAUGAUAGCAGGGAUGCUCAUGAUGCUAUUAAGGAAUUGGACGGGAAGAAUGGCUGGCGUGUGGAGCUGUCACACAAUUCAAAGGGAGGUGGUGGAGGCCGUGGUGGUGGCCGUGGUGGACGAGGUGGUGGUGAGGACUCAAAGUGCUACGAAUGUGGAGAGCCUGGUCACUUUGCUAGAGAGUGUCGCUUGCGAAUUGGUUCAAGAGGCCUGGGAAGUGGACGCCGUCGAAGUAUUAGUCCUAGACGUCGCAGGAGUCCAAGCUAUGGGCGGAGGAGCUAUAGCCCACGUUACAGUCCACGUGGAAGGAGGUCACCAAGGCGUUACAGCAUUUCUCCUCCUCCUCGCCGUGGUAGGAGCAUUAGCAGAUCCCCUCCCCCAUAUCGCCGUGCUCGCCGUGAUUCACCCUAUGCUAAUGGGUAGAAUAUAAGGCUGGAGUAAGGAGUGGAUGCAACUUCAAUGGAGAUGAGACGAUUCCAGCAUAUAAGUUCUCUGAUAGGACGGGUGAAAAAUUAGUUAUGUUAUAUUAGUUCUUGUCAUGAACCUGACUCUGAAUGCUGCUGCACUUAAUAGCCGCCAAAAGGGGCAUUUGGACUCCAAUUUUGCGUUGGCUGGAGGUCUAUUUUAAUAUUUUCAGUUUUUUAGAUAUCUUUGUGCUAUUAUUGUUUGCUAAUCUUUGCCGUUAUAUUAUAUUAAGUAACUAAAUAUGACUGAGAAUGUUUUAUAUUUUUGUGCUGAGGUGCUGUGAUCACCUACAUGGGCAUGAUUCGCAUCUUCGCUUCAUUGUCCACAUGGUUAACAAAUCUGCUACUAUGCUGUUUAUCGCAUCAUCGUUUGGUAAUACACAUGGUUAUACAAUCUCCGCUUCUCUGCUGUUUAUUGCAUCUUCGCUUCUUCAUAGCUUCUCUACUGUUUAUCACGUCUUCUCGUCAUAGUCUACAAUGUUAUACUCUAUGCUUCUCUGCGCAAGACCAGGCGAUACUGUGUUUUGGCUUGUGGUUCGUAUUGAGUGUUCAGUUAGGAUUGCAAAAGGUUCAUAAACUUGAUUUCUGAUAGACAAAAUCUUCACCUGCAAGAACGAAUCUGAUGCUUAUAGUUUGAACCUCAUCGUACCCUGCCACAUGCCUGAAGAUAAUUGGAGCUGGUUAUUGUUCAGUCACCUUUCUUUAGCUGCAAGUUGAAUGUAACCUUUUAAAGCGUCUUGAUCAUCAUCAAAGUAUAUCACCCCUCGGGAAUUUGAGACCAUCACCAAGUGAACCUCCAAAAGCACAUCUGCUUACUAGGUGUCCUAUUCAAGCUAUGAGAUGGACAAGUUUAUAAAUGAGAGGACAAUGUGCUACUAACCUGGUCUACAGCUACCCCUUUUUAGUGUUUGGAAGUGAAUUUUAGUAUACUUUUGUAUGUUACUAUGAUUACUUUGAUUAUCAAGAGGCACAAAAGAGUGUUAAAUCUUUGAGCUCA